AAAAUUGAUAACAGUCCAUUCCUGGUCAAACUACAGUAUGCCUUUCAAACAGAAUCAAGGCUGUUCUUGGUAAUGGAUUACUUUCCUGGCGGAGACAUGAGGCAGUACAUAUCGAGGCAGGGGAAACUUACAGAAGUUGAAGUUAAAUAUUACUUAGCAGAAAUUAUCCUGGCCAUUCAACACCUGCAUGAGAUGCAAAUAAUCCAUCGAGAUCUUAAACCAGAAAAUCUUCUGCUGGAUUCAAGUGGUCACAUUGCAGUCGCAGAUUAUGGACUGUGCAAAUUCCUCUCUCGUAACAAGGCCUACUCUUUCUGCGGAACUGAGGGAUAUUUGGCUCCUGAGAUGUUCAGCGGCAGAGGCUACAGCAAGGCUGUGGAUUGGUGGAGUAUUGGCAUAUUGACAUAUGAGAUGCUGACUGGAUCCAUGCCGUUUACAGUUGUCAACCAAAAAGACAUGACAAAGCCACAUUUUCGGGUUCGGUAUCGUACACCGGUGAUGCCAAAGCACUUUUCCCCGGAAGUCGUGGAUUUUAUCACCAGAUUAUUAGAUCAAGAUCCAAGAAAACGUUUAGGUGGAGGAAAAGAUGAUAUUUGGAAGGUGAAGAGGCAUCCAUUUCUUUGUGACAUCAACUGGGCAGAUGUGGCACGAAAAGCCACGGUUAUGCCUCGUGUGCCACGUCUUAAUGAGGUCCGUGUUGGCACCGUUCAAAAACAUUGCACCAUGGACAUUUUCCUGCAGCCGUCCAUCACUUUGUUGUGCAAGGGUGACACCACUCUCAGGGGUUACUCAUUCAUGUCUCAGGCACUAAUUCCUAAUGGAAAUUCUACAAGUGGAACCUAUCAGAAGUGCCCAAAUAUGGUGAAAUUAACACCAAAAAGGAGGGCUCUACAGGUGACUACUAAGAGAGGACAUCAUACACCUCAUAUAAAUGUAAUGAAGAAGCCAAAAAGACAAGCAAGAAGGGCAAUACACAGACCUGAACUAGAAGAGUAUUCUUCAGGACCUUCUACUUCAAAGACUGUAGUGAAGAAAGAUGUUAACAGAAUGGAAUGCAAGAGGAAGCUGGAAAGAGAUUCAGAAGAGUCUGUAAUACCAUUUAAAAAGUGUCGAAUUGACAAACCUUCACACAGGAUGACAACGGAGAGUGAAUGUACACCUCAGAUAAAUAUGUUCAUAGCACCAGAGAUGCCAGCAAGAGGGGGUGUACAGUUAACUACUGACAGAAGACGUCUUACAUCUCGUACAAAUGUAUCGAGGAUACCAGAAACACGAGCAAGAACGGCAUUACACAGACAACAUCUAGAAGAGAAUUUUUCAGGACCUUCUACUUCAAAGACUGUAGUGAAGAAAGAUGUUAACAGAAUGGCACGCAAGAGGAAGCUGCGUAGACAGCCAUUUAAAAAGCGAUGAAUUGACAAACAUUCAUAUGGGUUGAGAUGAUAUUGGAGGCAACCCUUCUGAACAAGGAGCACGUAAAAUAAAACAUUGAAGUGACAAAAAAUAAUUAGAAUCUGCUGAAACAUUGCUGGCAGUUCUAGGAUCUUCAAAAUAAAAGAACAACUAUGUGCCAUUUUAAAGGGAUAUAAGGGGGAAAUGCAGAUAAGGGUCCAACAUGCAAGGACGUUUAAAAACAGCCCCUGUCAGGGGUGACAGGAAAUUUUGAAGGGGUGGGAGAGGAAAGAAGGAACUGGCUAGGACCAGAUCAUUCUGAGUUGACUUAGCAGUCAUUGUGGGAUAACUGCUGCUUCUGUGGCUCGGGCUUCCUGUCUUCCUUCAGGGACAGGAUGAGAAGCUUCCACAGGAUUCUCCUGGUGUGGGAUUACUCUUUGGCGAGCCUGCUGUAUCUGCCAGUUACUGGAGCUGUUCUGCAUGAAAGUGGUCCUGUGUACCAACAUGGAGUGUACAGCGUUUGUUGGAGCUGGAAGUGGCCAGCCUAACUCAACCCAGCUCAGCCAUGGGUCACAGAACUUUCCAACAAAAACGUCGGUGCACAGGGCCAGAACGCUCUGCGACUGCGAAAGCCUGUGUGAUAAGCUGAAGUGCCUCAGGGCCACUUUCAGGCAGAACGGCUGUAGCAACUGGCAGAUCCAACAGGGUGUCAAUCUACUGGAGAGAGUCAUUCCAAACCCUGGAGAGACCUACUUCAGCUGCCUUCCUCCUCUGUCACCGUGACCUUCAGUAACGUCAGUAGGAUGUCUGUGGAUCUCCAUCCAAGGAAGAGUCCCAUUGUCAUGUGGUCUUUGAAAGACUUCUUGGGACUCGGAGACUCCUGGUAUAUACAUUGUGCCCUGAAAAUGUGGUCAAAUCUAAAUUGAGCAGACCUGCUAUUCUAUUGAAAUCAGGUUCAAGACAGACAAAUCUGCUGUGGCCAAAUAGCAUAAACCAGGGCCAUUCGCCACCAAAUCUACGAACAUGGACCAAAUGGUCAGGGAGGGAACUGAGAUCAGGCUACAACGUAACAUAGACAUGGGGGAUGCCCUCCACCUCAGCUGGUCGUGGAAGCCUCCCUUAAAAAUUGCAGGAGGCGUCCACCACAGAAGCGGUGCUUGUCUGAACCUGGCUGAUAGGAUAGUGGUUUUGCUGCCUCCAUCAUCUGGCAACUUUUUUAAAAUUUUGCGGUGACUUGCGCAAAAAGAAACUGUGAAAUCAAUUGAAUUGUAUAAAUUACAAAUAAAAUAAAUUGUUUUGUGAUAA